CUUUUGUGCUUAAUGGAAAAAGGAAUAAGACUUGUGCAACUUGUUUAACUAAUAAAGCUAAGACAAGAGCUGAUAAAAAGACUAUACAUGAUGAUAAUCAAAUUAUUGAAACAAUUCUGUUAAAUGAUUUAAAUGAAUAUGUUAUAGAGUUAAUGGACACAUAUGCUUACAAAGAAUCAAAUCGUCCAAGAAUGGAACAUUUUAAUUGUUAUGGAACACUGAUUAUAAAUAUUGAUAUGCCUGCGACUAAG